AUGGCUUCAAUAGCCAUCUCGCAGGAUGACUUGUCGUCUUUCCACGCCGCGCAUUUCUCGACCAGUUCUAUUAAUCACUUCUCCGGGCAAUUCCUUGGGCCAGUGGAAGAAGAGUACCAAGAGCAAGAGGAAGAAUACUAUGAGGAUGAUGGCCUGGGCUACUAUGAAGAUGGCACGAAACGAACUUUGACUGAUGAGCAAAUCGCGAUAUUCAGGCAUUCGGAAAUCGAAGCCUUAUUGAGAGAGCGACGUCACGCCGGAGAACAAAGGGUUUACAUCGCGGACUACCAGACCGCGAAGGCACCUGCGAAAGACAAUCUUGAAACGCAAUGUAGCAUGCUGGAAGAUUUCGAAGACGGCGAAUUAGACGACAAAGGCUCCAGCGCACCGCCCCCUCCUUCGCGACCUGGGAAGCGCAUGUCCAAAAAGGAGAAAAAGAUACAGAAGGCGAAGCAGAUGGGUUUCUACAAGCAACACGUAAAGCCUGAUCUUCGGAAGAGAACAUGGGACAAGGUCGACACUGGGCUGGGGAGCUUGAGCUACGAUGAUGAAGAUGGCACAUCGAAAGCCUGUCUCACGAAACCCGCGCAGAGACGACAGAUCUCAUAUGAUGACUGA